AGGGGGCCAGAUAUCGGGUUGGAUUCCUAUUAGAUAUCCGAACGCGUCCGGAGCAGGGAUAGUGGUCGUUUGGUAACCUGAGACGGUUUCGUUUUACAUCUCCGGUUGGGCUUUGACCUGUGACCUCCAAGAAACAAAACUCUCUUUCUCUCUCUCGUCGCCGGAAGCGAUGGAGUCGUCCCCUUCGCUGCCCAACCUCCUGUUGGACGUUGACCUGACGAUCGUCUCCGCCAAGCACCUCAAGAACGUCAACUGGCGGCGCGGCGCCCUCGCACCCUACGCCGUCGCCUCCUGCUUCGACGAUCCCAACUGCCGCCUACCCACCACCGUCGACUCCUCCGGCGGCACCAAGCCCGUCUGGAACCAGCGGUUCGCUCUCUCUAUCUCUGUGUGCCGUCCGUUUCCCAUCAGCUUCCUCACCUUUGACAUCUUUCACUCCGACGAUGACAUCCACCCGUCGUCCUCCUCCAUCUCUGUUGCAUUCCCGCUCGUUGUCGGCUCUGCCCGCCUCCCCCUCGACGACGCCCUCUCGGACUCUCCCCGCCUCCUGACACUCGAGUUACGCCGCCCCUCUGGCCGCCCGCAGGGAAGGCUCAAGAUCAAGAUCGCCGUCAGGAAGCGGCCGCUUUCAGCGGCAGGCGGAUAUCCGCCUCCUGUCCCUGCCCCUGCCCCUGCCCCUGCCCCUGCCCCUGCCCCUGCCCCCCUGCAGCCGAGAGGCUAUCUCCCCUUGCCGGAGCAAUUGAGGAUGCCCGUUGGCUACUCGGCUCCUCACCCCAUGGAUUUUGCACCGCCGAGCCCUAAUUUCUUCUCCGAUUGCCAUUCCCGUGCUAAACCCUUGGCUCCUUCAUUGCCGCUGUCGCCUCCGCCUCCGCCGAAUCAUUAUUGUGACCGUGCAGGGUACGAUUCCGGCCCUUCUGCCCCCCUGUAUUCAUCGCCGUCGGCUUCUUCGUCCGUCAAUGGCGGGAAUGGGGUUAAGAGGGGAAAGAGAGGGAAACUAUUGCUGGGGACCGGGCCGCCCCUUGGGAUGGUUGCAGGCGCUUGUGGUGGUAUAGUUCUGGAGGAAGGGAUGAAGAAUGAGAAGAAGAAGGCCGGCGAGCGAGAUGCAAAAAAUCCUGCUGGAAUGGGCAGGUGGCCAGAGCACUAUGGUGGUUAUUGAUCAGGGUUUCAGAGGGGGAAAUGCUCCGUUUCAUAGAUCAUGGUGGUUUCCUCAAUGUACAUAGUUACUGUGAUACUGCAUUGGUAUUAUGCCUGUAUUUCUAUUUUGUUUCCUUGCCAGAGAAAGCGGCUUGUUUCCUCUCGAGUGAUGUUGGUGAGUUUCUGAAAUGAUCAGAAUUGUGAAGUCCACGUUUGAGUUUGGUUGGGUUACUACAAAAGUAUGACUAUGAGUACUCGGGCAAGUAUUCUUGUAUUUGUGCAUUUCUGGAUGAAAGCUCAUCUGUGCUACCGGUUUUCA